AACAACUAAACCUUGGUUAUGGGGAUCUGGUGUCGGAGGCAAUAGUUGGAGAACAACUAGAGACAUUAAUGCGCCCUGGCCAUCGAUCGUAUCAAUAAUAGAUUCACAAAUAAGUCUUACAAAAUAUGGAGGGCCAGGAGGUUGGAAUGAUCCCGAUAUGCUUGUAUUAGGUUUUGAUGAAAUAACUUAUGAUGAACAAGUAACACAUUAUGUAUUUUGGUCUGCCAUGAAGGCCCCUUUAAUACUUGGAUGUAAUGUUUACAGUAAAACCGAUAAUAAAACUUCUUAUGAUAUUUGGACUGGACCACUUAAUGAUGGAUAUGUUGCAAUUACUGCAGUAAAUAUUCCAAAACAUGGUGUAGAAUUUAUAAAACUUAUUGGUGGAAAUAUUAUUGACAAUAAUCGUCCAUGCCUUAAUUAUUGA